AAAGAAAUGGUUUGCCGUAAGGGCACAACCCUAAUUCAGGUCAUUAUGUGUGCGGCCGCCAUCAAUCUAUUGAUCUGGCUGAAUGCUUGCUUGUCUGACUGUUAAAUAGGCAGCCUGUCUAUCACAUAUGGUGGCCGCCAACGUUGAUGAUGAAUAUGCCAAAGACAUGGCUUAAGGUAGCAUUGAGAGAUUUUUGGAAAAACGAAAAUAUUCAGUAGUCCUUCAACUGCCAUCAAAGAAGAUAGAGAUGUUCUAAGAGCGGAGUAGCGGAGAAAAAAUAUAAUUAAAUUUGGAAAAAAUUAGGAAUUGUGAACAUAGUAGGAAAAGUGUCGAACAUGUUUAUAAAGAGUUUAUGCUUGUCAUUGCUGCUGCUUAAGCUUGCCGAAGCUCGCUAUGCUUUUGUGCCAAAAUUCUAUGGGCAAGACAGUGCGGUUAUUGUGGAUACCGAUAAAUUGGUAGCACCAGCACAGACUCCACCAGUACCACAGCAACCGAAUAAAGUUUCCCUAAAUUAUCCCACAAAGCUAAGAUUACCACCACCGCCACCUUUUCCCCUGUGGCAGCACUUUCCAAGGUAUCACAUUAUACCACCACCACCGCCAAGUCAAAUUAUUUCCAUAAAUACAUGGCCUAAAAGUAGGUUUCAGGCGGCACGAAGCACGACGACCACCACAACAACAGAGGCUCCAACCACCACCACGACGACCUCUUCAACAUCAACCACUAGCACCACAACCACUACAACAACAACACCAAAACCCACUCCAAAGAAUUCCAAUAAAUUCAAAAUCGAUACCGUACCCUUUGUAACGGAUGAUGAAUUUCCUCGGGAACUUUUGGAUAUUGCCCAAAAUAAAUUAGGACUCAAAAGCCUAGAUGAAAUACCCAGUAUCUCGGAAUUGGGACAACUCUUGGGUACCUCCAGUCCCCAUGAGACAUUGGAAUAUAUUAGGAAACUAACUGCCAAUGAACAGGGUGUGGCCUUGAUGAAAGCCUACAUUGAGUCGGCAGAUUAUACCGAUAGCUCUGAUAAGGAUGACAACGACGAUUAUGAUGAUAAUGAAGAGGGGGAAACCAUUAAUUUGCGGGACAUUGAGGGACCCUUAAAGAUCAACGAUGAGGGACUGGUGGUAAUAAAUGAUGCCGACUCCAUUGAUGACUAUGAAAUGCGCUCAGAAGAUGAAGUGGUUACAACCACCACAGCCAAACCACGCAAAGCUCCGAAAAUUCUAAAGAAACUGAAUGAUUUAAAAGAAAGCAAGCCGGGGCUUUGGGAACGUAUUGCCAAGUUUAUGCAUUUGAAUAAUUUGUGGCAUAAAAAUGCCAAACAAAAUCCCGAAUACAAUGAGGUUAGUCGUCUGACAAUUCAGGGUAAAAAGGUUGAAGGGGAAAAGGAAGAUCUGAAAGCACAAGAUUUUAGCAAUGACAACAAUAACAAUAUACCAGUUAUACCAUAUAACUACCCAGUGCCUCUUCGGCGUGAAACAACGAGUACCACAUCUACAACCACCACCACAACAACUACUCCCGCCCCUCCCCCUCCAGCAGUGGAAUCAAAUGUGGUCCAUUUAAAUACACCCAAAAUGUUGAUACCCCAUGUCAAACAAUUGGCCCGAGUAACUAAAAUACCACCCAAGAAAAUUGAAGAUUUUUUGGCCAGCAAACCCAAAUUGUUGGCAUUGGCAAAUAAAGUCAGCCGUUUCCCCAUUGGCUAUGAUCAAACCUCACCGUUGGAGUCACAGGUUAUGUUGGCCGUACAAAAAGCCAUUGAAAAUGAUGAGGACCUCAAGAAGCUGCUGAGUUCAGCGGGGACUUUGAAAUAGAUUUAUGAUAGAUUUUAAGUAAUUUUAAGAAAAGUAAUAGAAAACAAAAAAGCAAGGAAAGAAAUAAAAUAAUUUUAAGUUAUUUUUUAAAAAUAUCUAGAAAAUAUAAAAAAAAAAAACAUUUACAAGAA